GGGAAGAAGAAAAGAUUUGAUUCCACUCAACGAAGGAGACCGUCCGAUCUCCGCAGAUGAGGAAAAUAUCAGAGCGGUCGGAAGAAUGACAAAUGUCGCUUUCCGGUUAGGAAAAGUCCACGCCUUGGGGGAUGUACUAGUGGUACUUAAUGUGACCUCAUACGAUGUGCUUCUCGGACUUCCCGCUCUCAAUGCCCUUCAAGCCGUCUCACCCUCCGCACGACGACAGGCGGGAUGCCUGCUGGACGAUUUGCUGAUCGACAUCGUCUCGCACUGCGAUGAGAGCCCGGCGCCGCAUAUUCUUCUGCGCACUCUGACACCGUAUCUACAGUGGUCGGCAUGUUUGGAGGGUGGUGAGGACAACUCUAGCUACCCAUCACACGGUAACUACCUGAACCCCGCAGGGAUAGUCGACCUUCUCUUCGUGGAUCGAACGUCGGAAGAAGAGGAAGAAGAAGAGGCGGAGGGUGAUGAAUCGGAAGACACCCCCGAAGAGGACGAAUAUUACAGCGAGCACAGUGAGCAUGAGUCGGGGGCAAUAAGUGAAGAGGAGGAGGACGACGAGAGCAAGGAAGAAGAGGCGGGACAGGUGGGAACACAGGAAGAGGACCCUGCUGCAACCGAACGACGCCGGGCAGAAAUCGCGGAGGGGAAAUGCACGUUGGAACAGACGGAGGGGACUGAUUUACCGAUCCCGGAUGAUCCAACCAGAGAUCCGGAGCCGCCAAUAGAGGAAGAUGAGCGCUGCGCCGCAGAGACUUCGAGCGCGUCGACACGGAGGCAGCGAAGCCGAUCCCCCUACCCCUCCCUCCGUCCCUAAGUUCGAGCACGUGCCGAUGUGGGGCAUCG